CAUGAUGAAACCCAAACACUGAGAACAGAAGCCACGUCCAGGUUGAGCCCGUGCUGUGAUUCGAGCACGCGCCGCCCGUGGAGUGUGUUGACCCAUAACUCAUCACUUUUACACGACUCUCUUUGUGCGUUUCUUUGUCGUUGUUCGCGCUACACAGGAAACCCGUGGUUUGACCCACGGGAGCCGCCGUAGCGACUGUGCGCAGAGUUUCCGCUUGUUCGAACCUCGGCAGGAAAGUGAGCGAACUAUCAAAACAAACCGAGAGCCUCGCGUCGCCCGCAGCAUCGCCACCGCUAACGGGCGCUUCUCAUCAUGGACGGUUUGCCGACGCCUCUGCGGUGCUUCAGAGACGGACAUUCCGCAGAGUCGUUCGUGGACGACGGGGUGGAGACGGUGACUUCAGUGGAGCAGAAAAAAGUGGAACGCAGCAUCGAAGAAGUCAUCACCGUUUACAAGCAGAUCCACAGCCUGCCACAGCCAACGCUGUUGCGAGAACAGCACUACCAGUAUCUCAAGAAGGGCUUACGUCAUUUAUCCGAUGCUUAUGAGUGUCUGGAUGCUAGCAGGCCGUGGCUUUGCUUCUGGAUUCUUCACAGUCUGGAGUUACUAGAGGAGCCCAUUCCCGCUGCUGUCGCCUCAGAAGUGUGUCAGUUCCUGGCUCGCUGUCAGAGCCCGACGGGGGGGUUCGCGGGGGGUCCGGGACAACACGCCCACCUCGCUCCCACCUACGCCGCCGUGAACGCCCUGUGUAUCAUCGGCACCGAGGAGGCCUAUGACGUCAUAGACAGGGAGAAGCUGCUAGAUUUCCUCUGGUCAGUGAAGCAGCCAGAUGGCUCGUUUGUGAUGCACGUCGGCGGGGAGGUGGAUGUCAGGAGCGCGUACUGCGCUGCUUCCGUAGCGUCGCUCACAAACAUCCUGACGCCUAAACUGUUCGAGGACACGACCAGCUGGAUUCUCCGGUGUCAGAACUGGGAGGGCGGUCUGAGCGGAGUGCCCGGCCUGGAGGCCCACGGAGGCUACAGCUUCUGCGGCACCGCCGCCCUCGUGAUUCUAGGAAAGGAGCACAUGCUGGAUCUCAAAGCUUUGCUGCGGUGGGUGGUCAGCAGACAGAUGCGCUUCGAGGGAGGUUUCCAGGGCCGCUGCAAUAAACUGGUGGACGGCUGUUACUCGUUCUGGCAGGCUGGACUCCUGCCUCUACUGCACAGAGCCCUGUUCAAAGAAGGAGAGUCUGAGUUGAGUUGCCAGCGGUGGAUGUUUGACCAGCAGGCCUUGCAGGAGUACAUCCUCCUGUGCUGUCAGAACCCGAACGGGGGUCUUCUGGAUAAGCCUGGCAAGUCCAGAGACUUUUACCACACGUGCUAUUGCCUGAGCGGACUCUCCUUAGCUCAGAACUUUGGGAACGUGGACCUUCACCGUGAGAUGAUCCUUGGCAAGGAGGAGAACAGACUGGCUCCAACUCACCCUGUUUACAACAUUUGUCCAGAGAAGGUGGCUCAGGCCCUGCAGCACUUUCACCGUCUGCCUGUCCCCGAUGACAAAACACAAGCAGGUGGUCCUGCUGGCGACAGACUGCCCGACCCUGAUGCUGCCUCCAACGCUCAGUCCUAGUUAGUCAUCGGUGCGUGUGUGUGUGUGAACCAACCAACUCUGGGUAACGGACUCGAACCAGCAGCAGCCAGGCCUGAGGACGGUCGACCCUCGGUGGGAACGACGGCUGGAGUUUAGGAGGUUGAGGUCAACUGUUUGAGCAGCUUGACGCUCGGCUGAGUUUCGCUUGCAAUGCCUGUUUUCAACCCCUGAAAUGAAAGUGGAACUAUGUAAAGUUUAAUAUGAUCCAUGUUAAUAAAACUUUAUAUAGCACUUUU